CCGCAGCCCGCCCAGGCGGAGUCAGCCCGCGCUCCGCCCGCCGCGCUUCGGGCUCGGAGGUCCGGACUCCGGGCUCGCCGCCUGCCGGGCCGGCUCCGCGCCCCGCACUCCCGCGCCCCGCGCCCCCGCGGGCGGAGCGCACCAUGCCGCAGUUGGACUCGGGCGGGGGCGGCGCGGGCGGGGGCGACGACCUCGGCGCGCCCGACGAGCUGCUGGCCUUCCAGGACGAGGGCGAGGAGCAGGACGACAAGAGCCGCGACAGCGCCGCGGGCCCCGAGCGCGACCUGGCCGAGCUCAAGUCGUCGCUGGUCAAUGAGUCCGAGGGCGCGGCGGGAGGCGCGGGGGUCCCUGGGGCCGGUGCCGGGGCCCGCGGCGAGGCGGAGGUCGGGGCCGAGGCUCUCGGGCGGGAACACGCUUCGCAGAGACUUUUCCCCGACAAACUUCCAGAGUCUCUGGAAGACGGCCUGAAGGCCCCGGAGUGCGCCAGCGGCAUGUACAAAGACACCGUCUACUCGGCCUUCAAUCUGCUCAUGCACUACCCACCCCCUUCGGGAGCAGGGCAGCACCCCCAGCCGCAGCCCCCACUGCACAACAAGGCCAGUCAGCCAGCCCACAGCGUCCCACAGCUCUCUCCUCUCUAUGAACAUUUCAGCAGCCCACACCCUACACCUGCACCAGCCGACAUCAGCCAGAAGCAAGGAGUUCACAGGCCUCUGCAGACCCCUGACCUCUCUGGCUUCUACUCUCUGACCUCAGGCAGCAUGGGACAGCUUCCCCACACUGUGAGCUGGCCCAGCCCUCCUCUCUACCCCCUGUCCCCUUCCUGCGGAUAUAGACAGCACUUCCCUGCCCCCACUGCAGCCCCUGGCGCCCCCUACCCCAGGUUCACCCACCCAUCCCUGAUGCUAGGCUCCGGUGUGCCUGGUCACCCUGCAGCCAUCCCCCACCCGGCUAUCGUACCUCCCUCAGGCAAGCAGGAGCUGCAGCCAUAUGACCGUAGCCUGAAGACACAGGCAGAAUCCAAGGCAGAGAAAGAGGCCAAGAAGCCAACCAUCAAGAAGCCACUCAACGCCUUCAUGCUGUACAUGAAGGAGAUGAGAGCCAAGGUCAUUGCAGAGUGUACACUCAAGGAGAGUGCUGCCAUCAACCAGAUCCUGGGCCGCAGGUGGCACGCGCUGUCUCGGGAAGAGCAGGCCAAGUAUUAUGAGCUGGCCCGAAAAGAGAGGCAGCUGCACAUGCAGCUCUAUCCAGGCUGGUCGGCGCGGGACAACUAUGGGAAGAAAAAGAGGCGGUCACGAGAAAAGCACCAGGAGUCCAACACAGACCCUGGCUCGCCUAAGAAAUGCCGUGCUCGCUUUGGCCUCAACCAGCAGACGGAUUGGUGUGGUCCGUGCAGGAGGAAAAAGAAAUGCAUUCGGUACUUACCCGGAGAAGGCCGCUGCCCCAGCCCAGUUCCUUCCGAUGACAGUGCUCUAGGCUGCCCCGGGUCCCCAGCCCCCCAGGACUCGCCCUCAUACCUCCUGCUACCCCACUUUCCCACAGAACUGCUUGCUAGCCCUGCGGAGCCGGCGCCUACAUCACCAGGUCUCUCGGCUGCUCUCAGCCUCCCAGCCCCCUGGACCCCAACAGGCCCCCCACAGCGUCCUGCAGAGUACACAGCUGCAACGACAGGAAUCUCAGAGACAGGCAGCCUAGCAUGUACAGGACACGUGGCCGCCACCAGGGGCUCAUCCUCUGAGAGGAAGCGACAGAGCCCCAAAGCACGUGGGAACUGGCCAGAGGCCCUGUUACCUCCCUCUCAGGGACCGGGCCCAGGAGACUUCCGAGGCUGCACAACUUCUGCCUGAACCCCGGGGCCAUCAGUUCAAACUACGCCAAAUGGUGGGAAUCAGAUCUGCAUUGUGUCAUCUAAUUAAGGGCAUCCCUUGUGCCUACAGCAGCCUGCAUCUGUUCCUUUUACCCUCUAUCUUGCUGCCCAGAUGCCCCUGCCUCCCUUGCUUUUCUACUAUAGGUCACAGAUAGGCUGGACUAAGCCCAGCUGCUUUCCCCACCCUACACCUCCUUGGUCCCAUCACUGCCACGCCCUCCCCAUACCACACACUUCAAGGACCAAGAAUGAGCUGGUUUACAAAACCACAUGUGAGCAUGGUCACAACCACAUGCUCAAGACAAUAAUGCUUCUCUUAACCUGGAGAAGCCCUGUUGACAGAAAAGGAGUUAUUCAUAAACUGGACCAGAGUAAGCCUUUUGUCCUCAAGAGCUUACAAGACUAGGAGGAAAUGGAACAGGUUAAGUUUAGGCCUAUUACCACAGGCAGUAGGAAUAACCUGACACUACCUUAUCAGGCAAGUAUGGGCAGUGAGAGGUAUCUGGCUCUAGUUCGUAUUACUUGGAUAUGUUUCCAAGAGCAACUCAACCUCCCAAGAAGCUCGGAUACCAAGGUCCCAUGCCUGUUACUAGUGACUGAACUCAAAAGAAAUUAUGGCCCCAAAUCCAGCAUGCAUCCCUCCCUUACACCAAGAGCCUCUGUCACAGUUCUAGCUCCUGCUUGUCCAGGUCAGUCUAGCCAGCUCUUGGGCAGUUUUAAGAGGGCAAACCAAACCUCAUGACCCCCAAUGCUCACCUUACAGCACUGAAAUAGCUUCAGCUUCACUUUCCCAAAGGGGCUGCAGGAAGGAGGACCAUCAGCAUCCAAGCAAGGAGCCCAGAGAACCUCUAGUGGUGGUCAGUGGGUUUUCACCACCACCUAGUUUAACCCAUUUCUGAGCCAAGCUUCAAGCCUGAGCCUUAAAAAACAAACUUUUAAUUUAACUUUUUUGUCUCCUCCUCACUGUAUAUAGCCUGAACCCAAAGAAAAAGGGCUGUUCCUAUACCCACACACCCCUCAACAAAAGCCUUCAUAGUUCCUACUUUAGCCACUGGCUUCUCAGAAUCCAAAGAUCAUAUAUUCUAGUAUAGUGUUGCAAGAAGUCUUGAGAAAAAGAAAAGGACUAUUGUAGUGUUCAAAAUAUUUUUGUAUUGUUAAUGCAUCAUCAUACAAAAACUUUUUUUAACAUGAGAAUAAAGAUACUUUUUACUGGGUUUCUUUUUCAAAGUUGACCCUGAGGAAUAUGCUGUUUCAGUAACAGAGCAUACAGACUACUUUUCUUCCCCACAGCCAUAAAACUUGGGGUUUAUUCUCUAUUAUGCUACACACAUUCUAAAGACUUUCAGUCCACCUCACCUCCCUGCUGCAACCCCAAGAGCUAAGCUCAUUCUAGGUGUUAACUAAUCCAAGCCUUGGUCCUAACUCCCCAAUCCUCGGACCUCACAAGUGAUGCAGGUGCAGGCUAGCCUGCACAAGAGAUUGCGCUGGAAACUGCCACCACGGACCCACAUGACCACCAGGCUCCAUCUUCCCCUCCAUUUUCCUUCCACACAAAGACUGAACACAAGUAUACAUCCUAUUUCAAGGAAAACCAGAACAGGAGUCUUCUAUAAUUUGGGAUCAGAAAUUUCAAAAGGGCAUUUUAACAGCACCCUUUCUUCCCCAAAACUAUUAAGGUGCUUGAGAUAUCUUGGUAUUUUUAUACAAAGCCUCUCCAGUUUGCUAAAUCUACAGACUUUU